AUGGCUGAUACAACUGGAAGAAAUAGUACCGUAGGUCAGAACUAUGGAGCUGCAUAUAACCAAGGAGGAUAUAGCUAUUCACAAAAUAAAGACAAAGAAAAUUAUGAUAAAUCAAAUAAUGGACAGAAAGGAUAUUAUUAUGAUGCUAGAACAAAUAUAACUGCAAAUGGUGGAUUAUAUGAUGAGUUUUCCCUUAAUGAAUUUUCAUCAACAAAAAUAAGACAUGGAUUUAUAAGAAAAGUAUAUUCUAUCUUAUCACUUCAAUUAUUAUUAACAUUUGGAUGUGCAUUAUUAGCUGUAUUAUAUAAACCAUUUAAUGCUUUUGUGCUUACAUAUUAUUCACCUCUUUUUGUUGUUGGUGUUUUACUUAGUUUACCAAUUAUGAUCGCUUUAGCAUGUGCACCACAAAUGGCAAGAAAAUAUCCAAGUAAUUAUUUUAUUCUAUUAUCUAUUACUCUAGGUAUGUCAUUAAUUGUUACUCUAGCUAGUGCAAGAACAAAUUCAGAAAUAUUCUUUUAUGCAUUCGGUACAACCGCAGUUGUUGUUAUUGGACUUACUAUUUUUGCCUUCCAAACUAAAUGGGAUUUUACAGGAUGGUAUGUAUUUCUAUUUAUGGCAUUCUUAAUUCUAAUUGUUAUGGGUAUUGUUGGAAUUUUUGUUAGAAGUAAAGCAUUCAAUCUAGUCUUUGCAGGUAUAAGCGCAUUCAUUUUAUCUAUCUCUAUUAUUGUAGACACACAACUUAUCAUAGGAGGAAAACACAAAAAAUAUGAAUUCUCAGUUGAUGAUUAUAUUUUUGCUACAUUAGCUUUAUAUAUGGACAUUAUUAAUUUAUUCCUUUCUAUUCUCUCCAUAUUCUCAAACGCAGAAUGA